AUGGAUAAUGAGACCAACACUGCAAAGCUAAGCUCAAGCCAUUGGAAAUCAUUUUACAGCUUUGCUGAUAAAGUGAAAAGAUUUCCAGGUUUGGUGAGGAGAACAAUUUGGAAAGUUGGCAAAGAUGAUCCAAGAAAAGUGGUUCAUUCUUUGAAAGUUGGUCUGGCUUUGACACUAAUUUCUUUGUUGUAUCUUGCGGAUCCGUUGUACAAAGGGAUAGGAAAAAAUGCUGUGGUGGCUGUCAUGACUGUGGUGGUUGUGAUGGAGUUUACUGUUGGAGGAACCUUAUCCAAAGGACUAAAUAGAGGAUUAGGGACUCUUUCGGCAGGAUUGUUGGCAUUUUUUAUUGAGUAUCUUGCAGAUGCACCCGGCCAUAUUUUUCGAGCGGUUUUCAUUGGUGCUGCGGUUUUCAUUUUAGGAGCUGCAGCUACGUAUAUCAGAUUCAUUCCUUAUAUAAAGAAGAAUUAUGACUAUGGUGUUAUGAUAUUUCUUUUGACAUUCAAUUUGAUAAUUGUAUCAAGUUACCGCGUUGAUAAUGUCUUGAGCAUGGCAAAAGACCGCAUCUCUACCAUAUGCAUUGGCGUCGCCCUUUGUCUAGUGAUGAGCCUAUUAGUAUUUCCAAACUGGUCAGGGGAAGACCUUCAUAAAUCCACCAUAUCAAAGCUUGAUGGCAUAGCCAACUCUAUUGAAGUUACCGUUGUGGAAUAUUUUAAUGAUUCUGAAAAACAAGCAAAUGAAGAUGAUUCAUCUGAGGAUCCUAUUUACAAGUGCUACGAGGCCAUUUUAGACUCUAAGGCCAAGGAUGAAACGCUUGCAAUGCAAGCAAAUUGGGAGCCAAGAUACUCAAGAAGCUGCCACAGGAUCCCGUGGCAGCAAUAUGCAACAGUGGGAGCUUCUCUUCGUCAUUUUAGUUACACUGUUGUAGCUCUACAUGGAUGUCUUCAAUCUGAAAUUCAGACACCGAGGUCAAUCCGUAAUCUGUACAAAGAUUCUUGCAUCAAACUUGCAAAAGAAGUAUCAAAAGUACUAAGGGUAAUGGCGAACAGCAUAAGGAACAAGCGACAAAUUCCCCUUGAGAGACUCUCUGAUAAUCUGAGCGAAGCUUUACAAGACCUUGACAAUGCAUUGAAAUCGCAUCCACAACUUUUACUAGGAUCGAGGAAUGGUCGAAGUCAAAUCCCCAUAACCCCCAAAACUCCUAAAACCCCCAACCUCUACAUGCUUGAUGAAGACACUAGAAUCACCUUAUCAAGUAUUAAAAGUGAUUAUUCUUCCCCGGAUGGAAAUAAAUCGAAAGAGCACUCCCGAGAACAAACAAAAGAAGGACAAGUACACAAGAAGGUUUUGAGGCCACAAUUGAGUAAUAAUAUGACUAUGAGUAUGAUCACUAGCCUUGAGUUCUCAGAAGCACUUCCUUUUGCUGCUUUCACUUCAUUGCUGGUGGAGAUGGUUGCAAAACUAGGCCAUGUUAUGGAUAAAGUUGAAGAAUUGGGCAAUAUGUCUCACUUUAGAAAGUUUAGAGAUGAUGAGAAUGAUGAUGAUGAGAUUGUUGUAACUUGUGAGAGACCAAAAACGAAUACAGCUGACAAUGACUUACCUUCUUAUGGAGGAGUAGAGUAGCUGUUUCAUUAAAACUUUCCUUCACGGUUUCAAUGUCUAUCAUCACAUGAGCAGAGUUAUACAUGUAAGUAAGCAUGCAUACUCACAUUCAUAUGUGAAUGUCAAGGUACUUAACAAACCAAAUAUACUUCAUUAUCCCUAAUGUGCAAAGUGAAGUUCUUUGGUAUGUUAAGUUUGCUUGCAUUGUUUUAGUUGAAUGGUGUGUAUACAUUACCUAUUUUGAGCUUUUGUGUAGGGAAGAGUAAGGUCUAUACUUCUUUACUAUCUCGAAAAUGAUUGUAAAAUGAACAUUAGUGCAUGUGUCCAUCUUCCCCGUGUGAUUGUCAUAUACCCAUUGAAUUGAAACUUGGGUAGCUUUGGAAUGAUCAUUGAACAUUAUCGAA